CAAAGAUCAAGAGAUGGCUACCACUGGUAUGCUACUUCGGCAGCAGCCGUGCAAUCAACCGAAGCGAGAUACCCAUUGCCUCGGGUGCUAAAAAGGUGUUGUUCCUCUCCUCCCUUAGCUGACAGGUAUCUCUUAUCUUCGUCUCGUCUCUACAGAUAGCUGGCUCGUUGGGGAGACGAAAGAUUGAAGCAUCCCCUUUCGUUCCAACCAUUGGUACCGGUGUUGAUCCUUGGCAAGACUGGGUAGCUGACUUAUCGGGAUAUCUAUAUCUUUCAGUCGCCACUACCGAGAGGCUGAGCGACCAGACCACCACUUACCCUUUCCCGAAGACUUCACCAUGGCGAAUAGUGACUUCACUUGGUAUUGGGAUAACGACGGCGUGUGGACGCCCUACGGAGACGAACAUCAGGCCAUUAUUGAAAGUGCUCGGUUAAGUGGGGAUCCACAAGCUCAUCUACCCAUUGGCAACAGCGUCUACCUCAUUGAUUUCCAUGAGUCAGUACAAGAGAGCCCCGUUGGAAACCGCCGUCGGAUAUCUCGUCGAGCUAAUGGCAACAAUAAUGUUAUGGUGGCAGCCAGCGAGAAUACCCUUUGGUUCUGGAGGGAUGAUGAUGGCAUGAAGCCUUACGAUACAGCCAUGUCCCAGAGACUGACACAAGCCAGGCUGGAAGGUGAUGUUGAGGUAUACCUUGAGAUUAGAGAAACCCUGUACCAGUUGGAUCUGGCCAGGAACCUGCAGAUCAAUAUGCACACAAACUUUGCCAGAGAUAUUGGAGAAAAGGAAUUGUACCAUAGGGUGGUCUUUCUGGGCGCACAAUCAUGUACCCGCAUUGCGCACCAUCUAGUCCAAAACAACAAUCCAUCAGUCCGAAAUGAUGACGCUGCCAGUCCGGAUGUGAACAUCAACACUUGGAGUCCACCCACCCAACCCUCCCUGAACCUUCAGGUUUGGGAUUUUGUCGGACGAGAAGCACUGUACUCUUAUCAAUCCAUCUUCUUUACGCCUCAGACGUUAUUUGUCAUUGCAUGGUGCUUGGACGAGACAUCAGAUUUGGGUACUAAUGGAUCCAAACAACCUGAUGACCAAGCUUUAGACAGGAACAUUCGCGACAGGGUUCAAUUCUGGAUCGACGUGAUCGAAGAAAGAGUACCGUCUGCAGCAGCUAUACUUCCGAUAGCAUGCAUGACAGAUAAGAGCAGCAGUCUUCCAGAACCUGAAAUAAGGAGACGGUGCAAACGACUGCAGGGACAGCUGAAGUCACGACGGUCAUCAAUACAGUUCUGCGACGACCCAGAUAACCCCGUUGUCCGUGUCAGUCUUUCCUCGGACCUGUCAAAUGUCGUCGGCGGAAUGGACAUGCUACAAGAGAUUAUGCUUGCUUCUCUAAUUGAACAUGCCAUGCCCCUAUCACAAGUCGAUGUGACACUACGCGAAACAAUACGGACCCGAAAAAUGAGUGGAGUUAAGAUUGUGGACACGGCGAGUCUCAACGCCGAUGAUGCCGCACUAACGCAAAUGGCUCACAGCGGGGAGAUUCUGUACAUACCAUCACUGCCGCAUCCGUUUUCCGGGUGGAUUGUCUUGGAUCUUCCGUGGUUUUAUCGAUUAAGCGGAAGCACCCUUCGUCGCAAUUGGCAGGCUCUGGUAGGAGAUGGAAGAAGAAGGCAGGGUAGGGGUGAUCCUCCGUCUUUCGCAGGAGCUACACCUGAGAAUUGUCCCGUCCUACACGAAGAUGAUGGCAAUAUGCUGUUACAAAGUUCUCUGGACGCCAGUGAUUACUCACCGGAGCUACAUGGCGAGCUCGGUGGGGGCAACCUACUACGUUUCGUAACAGCAGUGCUUGUCCACUUUGCUGUCAUCGUACCCGUCGAUGUGGAUGCAGAGAACCCAAGCGCUACCGGGCAACGAGACGGGAAAGUCUUGACAACAUCGCCAGCGUACAUGCCAUUGAUCGGCAUCACAAAUCCUAACACCUGCUUUAUCAAUGCUGGGCUCUAUUUUGUGCCCUGCCUGCUGGAAGACUCUGUCAGAGGCGACAGCAACCUCGCCGAUUACAGAAACGCAACUGGAUCAACCAACACGUUCGUCGCUCAAAAGGUGCAAUUUCAAGAUGGCGUCCCCAAGAGCAUGAUGCACACUAUUAUAUCCAACUUGCUUCGGGAUAUCCUCCGAGCUACACGAGGCAACGCUGUUUCCGUAAAGAUGGUCUACUGUUGGUGCUCAAUUUUACGGAUAAAGUUUUCUAUGACAACAAACGACGGACAACAGGUUGCUCUCGACGUUUGCUCCCAGGUUGUUGAACCCCAGCAGGGAGGAAAUCAGGUCACAUCCUAUUUGUGCACUAAUGCCCAUGUUGUGAAGGGCGACGGUGCACGAUAUAUCUGGCAAGCUGGCUACGGUCUUGUUUGCAAAACCAUUCAGAAUGCCAUGAUCGGCUAUAGGGAUCUGGCCUACUCCAGAGAGGCUUUUUGCCACGAAUGCUUAAUCUCCGACGGAAUCCAUGGAGCUCCCUCGUGGAAGUGGGCUGAGCUGGAAAAUGCGUUGAAGGACGAAAAGAUGCCAAGUCUCCGAUGCCCCGCUGGACACACCAUUCUUGAGUCUCUGUCAGAAAAACAGGAGUUGAACCAGCGGAGAGCGGUGGUGUUGAUUGGGCUGUACGAUCCAUCCAAACGAAAGGGGAGAAUUCAAAGACUGGGAUCCGGAAUUGUGGUUGACGCUGCCAAAGGCUUGAUUGUCACAGCAGCCCGGAAUGUCAUGAUGAUAGAGGGAAGCGAACGAUUCGGACAGAACUAUGACGGGAUUCUUGGAGCCAAAGUAGUGGUCGGUGUGUUGCCCGAAAACGGAGGAGAAGCUGUGUUUCGAUUCUUUGCCAAAAUCCGCGCCACGGAUCCUGCACUGUCUGCGUCUAACGUUUGUCAUGUGGACGCAUGUGUACUAAAGAUUUCAUCCAAAUUCGAGAACGACGUUCGAGGCAAUGGCGACAAGUGUGCCGACGAAAUUGAAAUCGUAGGGCGUCGCGCUGUGCAAGGGUUGGUUCAGAUACCGAACGAAACAAAAUGGGAAGUGGAGGAUCCUGUCCGCAUCUACGGGUACGAGCAAGAGGAAGGUGCAUAUAUAAAUCGUGGUCUAAGCGAAGUAUGCGGUCCUAUUGUUCAGUAUCGAGAGGAAGAGCCUAGAGCAGGGCAACCGCAUACCUUUCAACCCCUCAAGACUGUGGUUGUUCGUGCUGCAGCAAACCCCGGCUUCCUCGGUGGCCCUUGUAUCAACGAAGAAGGGAAACUGAUUGGAAUUUUGAGUUGUGCCGAUCCGGACGAGAAGUCUCGGAGCUGCGUGGUGCCGUUGCAAGAGUGGCUUCCCUUGGUAAGAUCAGUUCCUUAAAACUAGUCUAAUAACCUUGCAAAUUUUCUGCUUCCG